GAGUACGUGAAACUCAUUUGCUACGCGUUCGUCUAGCACGUGCGACCACUGUUCUUCGCGCAGCGAACGUUGUGCGCGCGGCGUCUUUGGCUUCUCUACUCUCGUUCGGCACGCACACUCCAACGGGUUGCUUCUAUACUUCUACUAACGAAAAUCCUUUAAUAUCAAGUCGAUCGUCAUGGCAGAAGAGUAUCUUUAUGGAAUUACCCUCGAAGGACUGAAUUCUAGCGAGGUAUGGGAUCCGGAGCACAAAAACGACGACGCAGACGGAACAAACCAACAUUUCGGUGCAGAUCAGAAGCUGAUCAUAAAAAUGGCUCUGCUAGGUCCAGAGGCUAAACCCGGCGAACUUAAUGUAUUACAAGUUGAAGCAAUGGGGUUAAAAGGACCCAUCAAAACACCAAUUGCCCUGCUGGAGAUGGGGAAAACUGCACAGAUUAUUCUGGAUCUCAGUUUUCCUGACCCUCCAGUCACAUUUACUUUGGUUAAAGGAAGUGGUCCUGUUCACAUAGUAGGACAUAAUCUACUUGGUACACACAUGGAGGAGUUUGAUGAUAUGGAUGAUGAAAUGGAAGAGGAGAACAUCGAUGAUGACGAUGAUGAUAAGGAGCCAGAAGAUGAGGAAGACGAUGAAGAUGAACCCAAGAAGAAGAAUGCCAAAUUAACAACUGCAGCCAAAUACAAAAAUCAAGCUAAUAAGAACAAGAAAAAAUAAGCACGAGCCUUAUUACUAUGGAAACAACAAACUUUUAAGUUAGGCUAAGCGUAAGUCCAUCAAUAUCAUCCGCAUUUGUGCGAAUCUAGUAUCGUUUCACCAGAUUAUCAGACGACAACGUUGCCUUCCACGUUUCUACAACACAACUGGACCAAUGAAAACUAUUAUAAAAUAUUACACUAUGUACGAAGAAUUAUGUCGCAUUUCUUUGAUGUAUAAAAAUUUUAAUUAUGUCGUAUGUCUGUUGUGGACAGAGAGUGGGAUUUAUUUUAACAAUAUUUUCCCCAAAUUGCCUUAGAGGAAUGACCCGUAUUAAACAAACUCUAUGGGAUAUUAAGAAUGUGAAUCAAAAAUUAUUUUUUUGACAAAAUUUUAUGGAGUUGAAAGUUCAGAGGGCAUUCUUCUGAGAGCCAAUUGUAUGCAUUAACUUCUUUUAUUUUGUUACGGGGGGAAAUUACUAAAAAAAAAAAAAAACAAACAAAAAAGUGUGUAAGGUGAUGUAAAAAAAAUGUGAAUUUUUAAAAGUAAAUGUGAAAAAAAAAAUAUAUUUGGCCCAGUUGUUGUUAAUAAAAUUAGUGGAAAGCACGGACGGACCCACAGUGAGGUGUAUUCGUAUUGUUUCCUUUUUGUCUUCUCCGAUGCCGUGUUCACACAUCGAUACUUCCAAUGAUGCGAAGAUACACUAUUCUAACGUAGUAAUGUAAACGCGAUUCGCAGAAAAAAGAAAAAAAAAAUGAAUUACUAUGCUCCUUAAGGGAAAACAGAAACAAAUUUCGAAGAUAACGUUCCAGUGUAAUUUAUUAUUUUCGUGUGUACAAGAUGGGGAAAGGGUAAUAGUCACAGAACCCUUAUGCUAGAAUGUUAUUGAUUGUAAAGAGGAAAAAAAAAUGAGAUCAGGAUUUUAAAAAAGAAACAUAGUUACGAGUCAUCUCGAUAUUCAUUCCAUUUGAUGAAAGAUAACAGAAGAGGGGAUUACAUAGGUGUACUACACAAUGUGAUGCUCUUACAUCAGUGUCAUAUGCGAUAAAAGCAUAUGUAAUGCGUGCAUAGGACACGCCCAUACGAUUGAUAAGUAGUCUGUACACCUAUUUUGUACAUAUACGAUACAAUAAAAAAUUUCACAACUUUUAAUCAGUA